AGGUUGACGAGGCAGCCAUGGCCGAUCCCGAUCCAGCUGCCGACGAGAAGGCCCAUAAGCACAAAAAGGACAAAAAGAAAAAAGACAAGAAGAAGAAGGAUAAGGAGGGCGAUGCCACUGAGGCGGAUGGCAAAGAGCACAAGCAUAAAAAGGAUAAGAAAAAGAAACACCACAAGCACAAGGAUAAGGGCGUGGUGGACGAUGAUGUCGUGGAGGGAGGUGAGGAGGCUCCCGACGCCGGAAAGAAGGUCAAGGAGGAGACACGGCGCUACUCGAUGAUGGUGCAAGGCACGGAAGAGGUGGACGGUGGACCGGGAAUGGCGUACAUGGCUUACGUGGUAAUGGAUGACCUUACCGACAAGCUCAAGCUGCUCGACUACGAGCGCGACUUCUGCAAAUCGCUCAAGAUGAAACCACUCAACAGACACUAUUUAGUCUUUUCGUUCAACGUGGGUGAACAGUUUUACAUCUUCACGUCGCUGGCGGCCUGGCUGCUGCGGAAGGCCGGCAGGUCGAUGGAGCAGCCGCAGGAGGCCGACGAUCCAAACGUCACCAUCUCUACCAUCCUGGAGCAAUGCCGGCAGCUGGAACUGCACGUCGAUUUUCCGCCCAGCAAGCUGAAGCAGGGCUGCGGCGAGCAGGUCAUCUACGUGGCCGACCGAUUGGCAGACCUGGCCAUGAAGGCGGCCAACUUCCAGUGGAAGAAACCGAUCGUGCCGGAGGGUGGAGAUGAUGACGACGACGAGGACGAAGCAGAGAUUACCACCGAGAAGGUAGCCGAGGAGGAGUCUUCGUCCUCCGAAGAGGAGGAGGAGGGCGCCGUGCUCAACCUCGAGGACCUCAAAAACCUCUCCAUCCAAGGUCUUAAUCUCCAGAUGGAUAUCCAGAAACCGGACGAGAUCCUAGAGUCGACCACCAACACGGAGGAGUGGCGGCUCGAGAUGGAGCGGGUGCUGCCCCAGCUGCGUGUGCAAAUCAGCGCCGAUCAGCGCGACUGGCGCAACCAUCUGGACCAGAUGCAUCAGUACCGCGGCGCCAUCGAGGACUCGCUCUCGGACACGCAGGCGUUGCUCGACAAGCUGCACUCGGACGUUAGCGUGAUGCCGGUACCAGUGUACAUGUAA